AAAUAAAAUUUCUCUUACUUUUCUUCAAUUUAAAAACACCUCUCAAAAAAAAAAAAUAAACAAAAAUAAAAACACCUCUCUAGACUACAUGAAAGUUUUACAAAAGGAAGCCAAGUUUGGCCUGGGGAAUAGACCCAAAAUAUGCCAGUACCCACAAUCCCUUCCAUAUUACUGUGCCUAUAUUCCUGGAUUCCCAAAAGAUUAGGAAUCACUGGCCUAAGGUUUCCAAAGUCAAGGUAGAUCCCUUUCCCAAGUGACAGGCACAAAGCAAACACUCUAUCACACCCUAUCUAAAGAGAAUGGUAAACUUAAAAAAAAAAAAAAAAAUCUCCUAACAUGCUCCGUGACCUUGAGCAACAGCUUUCCCCUCCCUGGAGCUCAGUGUUCUACCUUAAAUCCAGAAUAUUGUGCUCUCUCACACCCAGCCCCCAAAUUAUCUGACCAGACACGCCAAACCCCGCCCCAAACUACCUGGUGAUCUUACUACUUCUGAGUCUGACUCCUCCCAGUGACUCCUUCCCUUUCAAUCCUUUGUUAAAUAGCUUCCCCUCUAAUGGCUUUUGCUCUGGAAACAGCACCUCCAAACUGCUGCCCGAGACAGCACUCCCCAGCAUGAGGCCUGCCCUGCUCCUCGUGGCCAGGGCAACAAACCUUUGCCUUAGCUGCUUGCUUCUGCUCUCCGGGGUAGGCCGAGGUGCGGUAGCUAAGGAGCUCAAGUUGGUGAUGUUGGUAUUUAGGCAUGGAGACCGAAGUCCCAUUGAAACCUUUCCUAACGACCCCAUUAAGGAAUCCUCAUGGCCACAAGGAUUUGGCCAGCUCACUCAGCUGGGCAUGGAACAGCAUUAUGAACUUGGACAGUAUAUAAGGAAAAGAUACAGAAAAUUUUUGAAUGAGUCCUACAAACAUGAACAGGUUUAUAUUCAAAGUACGGACGUUGAUAGGACUUUGAUGAGUGCUAUGACAAACCUUGCAGGCCUAUUUCCCCCAGAGGGUAUCAGCGUCUGGAAUCCCAGCCUACCCUGGCAGCCCAUCCCAGUGCACACACUCUCUCUUUCUGAAGAUCGGUUGCUGUACCUGCCUUUCCGGGACUGCCCUCGCUUUAAAGAACUUAAGGAGGAGACUCUCAAAUCGACGGAAUUCCAGGAGAGGUUGCAUCCUUACAAGGAUUUUAUAGAAACUUUGCCAACAUUCACCGGAUACCAAACCCAGGACCUUUUUGGAAUGUGGACUAAAGUCUACGACCCUUUAUUUUGUGAGAGUGUUCACAAUUUCACUUUACCCUCCUGGGCCACAGAGGACACCAUGACUAAGCUGAAAGAAUUAUCAGAGUUGUGCAUCCUGUCCAUCUAUGGAAUUCACAAGCAGAAAGAGAAAUCUAGACUGCAGGGAGGUAUCCUGGUCAGUGAGAUCCUCAAUCACAUGAAGAGUGCAACUCAGCCAUCGAACCACAGAAAACUUGUCAUGUAUUCGGCACAUGACACUACCGUGAGUGGCCUACAGAUGGCACUAGAUGUUUACAACGGAAUCCUUCCUCCCUAUGCUUCCUGCCACAUAAUGGAAUUGUAUCUUGAGAAGGGGGAGUACUUUGUAGAGAUGUACUACCGGAAUGAGACCCAGCAUGAACCAUACCCCCUCACGUUGCCAGGCUGCACUUCCAGCUGUCCUCUGACGGAGUUUGCUGAGCUGGUUGCCCCUGUGAUCCCCCAAGACUGGUCCACGGAGUGUAUGACCACCAGCAAUGACCAAGUUCUAAGGGUCGCCCUUGCCGUUGCCUUUUGCCUGGUGUCUGGUGUCCUAGUGGUGCUGCUGUUUAUCCUCCUCCGCCACGGGCCCUGCUGGCACAGGGACCCCUAUCGGAACAUCUGAAUAGAUGGCUGGCUAAGGGCGGACACACCGGAUCAACCUUCUGGGACACAGCAUCUCUCAGUGAUGCCUCAUUCGAAGGACAGGCUUUCACCGUGUGGACAUCACCCUCCCCACACCCUUCCUUUCGAGCCUGUCUAGAGCAGGGUCUGAGCUCAUAGAGACUCAGGGACUGAAGGAUGAGCCCCAGGUUACCUGGUUAGGUCUCCUGAUGGUUACCCUCUUCAUUGUAGUGCAGGCUUCUCAUUCUCGGCUAGAAGGAGGCUCUUCUGCAAAGGAUAGUUACACUCUCUGGCACGGAUGUCUAGAAAGAAAGAAGAAAUCGAACCCCAGUCAGCCUUUUUCCUGCAAAGAGCAAAAGGUUACAAUGUGUGACAAAGACAUAGAUUAAAGAAAACUGGAAAAUGAGGACAAUUAAACUAGAAGUAGUAUCAUGUAGGAUGCUUCUUAGGAAGUAAGACCCAAUUAGAAGGUAUAAAUAAAUCAUCUCUUUAGCUGUUAAGUAGAUUGAAUACAAACAUGUACACACUCCUGAAAAGAAACUCCUACCCAGUGUUUGGUAGCUAACAGAUUUCUGUAUGUGUAUGUGUGUGUGUUAACACAUAGCUGUAUUGAAACUGCCUUAGAGAGAGGUAUUUCAUGCUCAGAACCUGUAAUAUCAACUCCUGUAAUGGUAGCUCAGGUCAUUUCCCCCACAACUUCUAUAAUGGGAAAUAACUGGAAAUUCCAGGCAGCCACGUUUCUUCUUUUUUACCUCUACCGUCAUCAGACCUAGAUACUUUUAUAGUUCCGAUUUCUUUAUUUUAUCUUAAAAGUAAGAGAUUUACUUUGAUGAGAACUUUUCAUGGCCAUGAUGAAAUAAUAAUGUAUUUAAUCACCACAAAUAGAUCUGAAUUUCUCAAGUGACAAACUAAAAAGAAAAGUGAGCUGAAGGUUGAUGACACCCUGCCUCAGCUCUGCACUGGCUUCAGACCAACAACUUGGAACAAGUUAUUUUAAGUCUUAAACCUUGGUUUCGUAAUCUAAAAAUGAAGAGUCUGGACUAGAUGAGCAUAGGAGUCACAUCUAGUUCUCAUGUUUGGUGAACAACUUUUCAUUUCAUGCUACGGACUGGUCAUUGUCCAAGCAAGCACUUUCAUGAAUGAUACCAUUGCAUUUCGCCUGAAAUGUAUUCUAAACAAUCUUAUCCCACACUGAGCCUUUAACCAUCCAGUUGGUGGGAAAUUCAGUCUCAUUCAUUGGUAGGGUUCUUCACCUUCUCAGGUAUUACUAAAGGUCCCAGAAUGUAAUUGGUGGGAAGAGUUGGAUAAGGGCCCUAGUCUAGGCUGCUGUCCACCCUGGUCUCCAAUAAACACACUGUCCAUUCAUUCCCACAUGGUGUCCUGAAGGUAGGCAGAGGACAUCUGUGCAUGGCUUCCAAGGCCACAAACUGGGAUUUCACCAUCCUGACAUUGUCCCGUCCCCUUCCUGGGGUGAUGCCUAUAAACUAGAAACCCUCCUAGACCCCUGCCCCAUCUCUUAGUCUCAGGAAUCUUCCUCUCCCCUUGGAUUCCACAGCUUUCUCCUGUAAACUUCAAGCAUUUACCUCUAUCACUUUCUACAUAAUUCUCCCUGAGCCAAAGCUAUUGCAAAAAAAAAAAAAAAAAGCCUGAGAAGGAGGAAGUUGUGUUCUCUUGCCUGGCAACUGCUGCUUCCUCCUGCAACACAAAAGGCAUGUAGGCAAAGAAAUGCAAGAUCUGGCUUCAUUCUCAACCUGAGAAGGGGAAAAACAUCUAUAGCAGCGAGAACAAAGGACAAAUUACUCUCUCUGUAAAGUAGCCAGCCAUUUUAGUAACGAGACCAUAACAUCUUAUGCUAAGUCAUGAGAUUUGCAAAUAGAAGUAGAAAAUAGAACCAUAAGUCAUGAAUUUUCUUACUUAACAAACAUUGAUAGAGGACCUAUUUGCUAAUCGCUGAACUAAUUGUCCAUCCCUAAUGCAAUUAUUAAGGUGUUUGACCCCAACAAUAGCCUUAUACAGGGUUGAUAGAAUGUAAAAGUAGAAGCAUUCACAACCUUUCCCUAAUAUCAUCUUUUAAUACUGGCAAUGGCUAAAAGGACUCCUACUUUCUAUUGUUUCUGGAUUUUUUUUAAGAUUUUAUUUAUUUAUUUAUUUGACAGAGAGACACACAGUCAGGGAACACAAGCAGGGGGAGUGGGAGAGGGAGAAGCAGGCUUCCCGCUGAGCAGGGAGCCCCA